AAAAACCAUUUCAUGCUCCAAAACCAAACCCAUCAUCACUACUUUGAAACCAAAACAGAGAAUAUGAGAAAGAAAGGAGAAAACAAGACCAGAUUCUUUAUAAUCAUUAACAUGCCUCUAAAAGUUUUAGGCAAGGCUCGUGACCUCUACAUGCGAAGCAUCACAGGCUGUGCAGCUCGUACUCACUACUCCUCAGCCGACUCCGUCUCCAUUCCUUUUCCGAGAAGCCGGAGCACUUCCUCAGCUUUCUCCUCCUCCACCUCUUCCCGUAGGAUGUCUUUCGACGAUGACUACAGCGAGCUGGUCAGAGCUGCUUCCGUUAGGAGUUUAGGUCAUAAGAACGAGAUUGACAUGAUCAGACACCAACAGCUUCAGCAGCGGCAAGAAAACCGCGUUGCGGUGGGAGUGGUUGCGGCUGCAAAGGGAGGUUUGCCGAAGAGCUCGAGUGUAGGGAUGCCAAUGGCGAGGAUUGAUGAAGAAAAUGAAGAAGAAGGAUCGUUGAAGAAUCAAAAGAAAGGAUCUGAUUUCUUAUACCCUCGUAGCAGAUCACACGCGGUUACUAUUAGAGGAUCCAAGUUUUAGUUUACUAAUUAUAUAAUUGUCAUUUUAUUUUCUAAAGAGGUAUGAUUUCUCGAAAUUUUACAUUGGGGGAUGGGGGUUAAGGAGAAGAAAAGAAAAUGAUUGCGAGGUAUACUAGUUACCAGUGUUAUAGAUUUGUACUAAAAGAACCUGAGAUUUUCUUUUGAAGAACAAUCAUCAUGAUCAA